AUGACAAUAAUCGAGGUGGACGACGGGGAUGCUCGAAUCAUGUACUCCUACGGCUGGAGCCGAGGUGGCUCGCCCCCCGACCUUAAUCAUACCAUCAGCUACACUAGCACACAAGGUGCACAGUUCACAUUCGUAUUUCUCGGAACCUCCGUCAGGGUCUUCGGCACGUUGGCUGCAACCACUUUCCCGAAUACCUCGUAUAGCAUAGAUAGCGGCGAGCCUGUCCUGUUCUUCGGGGAGCCUCCUGCUCAAAUGCAAUAUCGCCGAAAUUUCUUUUCUUCGCCCGAUCUCAAAUACGGAACCCACACCCUCGUCGGCACUUGUGUCGAUGAAGGUGGGUUGGUGUACCUUGACUAUUUGGAAGUCGAGACUCCCGCGCUAUUAAUCACUUCGGGUUCUGCAAGUUCACAGCCCUUACCCUCUUUACCCACAAAAUCGCAAUCGAGUCUGUCAGGGCUCUCAAGUACCGAUUCGCCAACUUCGGGGUCGCCAACUGGCCUUAUAGUGUCGACCAUUUCGCCACUCUCAUCCGUUAUAAUAACAUACUGGGGGUCUCAGCCCUCGGAGGUGUCAGCGGCAUCCCCCUCGAUAUUCAAAUCGAAGCCGACUCCAUCAGCCGCUGCUAUCAUUGGCGGUGUUGUUGGAGGAUUCGCUCUGGCAGUGAUUACCCGGGUUCUGUAUCUACGCUACCGCCGUUGGAAAAGUAGAAAAUUAGUAGCCCUGAUACCUCGCCGACAGUCAUUUUCUUCGUUGACUUCGUUGGCGGGGUCAGCCUGA